GCUGUGCGCAGUGUGCAAGUAGUCUGUUUCAAGUAGCUUAGCAUUUGAUUCUUUUGUCAAUUAUUGUACGAAGCCAUCUAAAAUGAUUGUAAAGAUGUUCAUGAAUACUAAAUAUUUUGGAUAAUGAAGCAGAUCAUUAAAAUGUGUUCUCAGGUUUUGUGGGGGAGGAGGGGGCGCGAGGUUUUUUUACACAUCUGUAAAGGGAACCCAUAUUCAUUAAUUAAAUAGCUUAGUCCAUGUAGGCCUCAAUUUGCGCUGUUGAGCAGGCAGCGGGUGGUGUAAUACUGGAUCCCCGAUUGGCAGCCCACAAUCCGAACGUUAAGUGAAACACUCGAGGCCGAGGUUUCAGACGGAAUAACUAAAGCCUACAGUAUUUAUAUAUUUGUAGUAGAACGUUAUGCUUCAGAAUGUGUAGCCAUGUACACCUGGGCUUUUUUUUUCCCAGACUAGUUGAGGAAGGUUAAGAGUGCGACGGGUUAAGUUAUCUUGCUAGCUAACGUUAGUAGGCUAAGUGCCACGACUGUUAUUUUGGUCCUUUUGUUUAAUUUCGCAACGUUAAUGAAUAGACAAUGCGGUACGUAUUUUCGAGUCUGUUUUUAACCGUGUUCAUAAUUGCAGGACACAGUUGGUGUGUUUCUUGCAUUUCAUAACAUAAGAUAGAAACAACUAUUGCGACGUUGAUAGCUUGGCUAACUAACGUUAGCUUGCUAGCUAAUUGAUUCAACGCUGUUCGGCGUAGCUAAUUAGGCUGGACGUUUAAUUAGCUUAAGAAUCACGAGCAUUGGCCAUUUUUUAUCAAUACCGUUGUUAUAUAAAGCCUUAAACUAUGUUUUAUAACUCAUUACACUUUCUCAACCAUAAAUAAUCAUGCAACCUUGCUGGUAAAACGAUAUUUUCUGGGCACGGCUAGAUAAUUGGUGUGGACGGAAGUGGGCAAAUACAAGUGUUGGUAUUUGGCUUUUGUUUUUAUCGCGCCUCGAUUAAUUUAGUAUUAUUCAAAGUUGGAUCUUAAUAAUAGCGACGAUGUAAGUCGUUUAGUCUAAUCACAAAAUUUCUGCCGAGUAGCAUUGGAAAAGGACAACACUGCAUUGAGUUCUCAUGGAGGAGUCAGGUGAGACAGUGUGCCGUGACAGCAACAGGGUGACGGUGUGGUUGUGUCCCCUGUGUCAACAAGGGUUACCAGACAGGGGCUCCCUUGCUCUGCACCUGAAUGACGGACAUAGUGUGCUUCCUAACUGUGUAGACAAGCUGCUGGACAUUGCUGCUCCCAAACAGGGGGCGAGUGGAGUGGACGGGGACACUGAUGUUAAGCAUGACGCAGAUGCUGCAUCAUUACAACUGAAGCUUUUAGAAGCCUCAGCCUCCCUCUCAGACCCAUGUCAAAUUAAUGAGAACACUGAAGGACCCCAGCAUUACCACAGUAGGCACACUCUCAUUGGGUCUGGAGACAAAGAUAAAGAGAUGGAUAAGGAAGUAGAGGGAGUGAGAGACCCGGAGGGAGGUGGAGUUGUUUUGGGGUCGGAUCAGGAGAGAGAUCAGUCCACAGAAACACCUGACGACAAUGAAAAGUCCACAGGAAAAAAUGGUGUACUGGCUGAUGGCGAUGACAGCCGUCCAUUCAAGUGUAAUGCGUGCUUAGAGGCUUUUCCUACCAGGACCGCAUUGUGUGUUCACUACAACUCUGCAUCCCAUGUGCAACAGAUGAGAACAGGAUCCCUAAAACAGGGUGGAGAAAAUGACACCCCUGCUCCCUCAGUCCCUUUUCUGUCUCGGCCAUAUUUAUCAAACAAGCCCUACCAGUGCGCUGUGUGUCGAGUCUCUUACAACCAUGCCAUUACCCUGGAGAGUCAUUUGAAAUCUGUUUUGCACCAGACCCGCAGCAGAAAUGCAGGAAUCUCUGCCAACAGUGCAACUGGAAAUUCGGGAAGCAACAACAUGGCUACAAACUUAGUUGUUACCUCUGGGGGCAGCACUGCACAGUUGGUUAGCCCCACCAGCAGCAAUUGUGUCACCCCGGCAAGCCUGACAGCAGCAGCAAUGACAACCAAAGACGGAGAACCAAUUCAAACCCAGCCGGCUCCCUCACUGCUUUCCUCCCCUGUGGCCUCUGCUCAGGCAGUCUCUGCCUUUCUCACCCUUCUCACGUCCAGCCCAAGCUCUCUCUCGCACUCCCUCCUCCCCUCUCUGUUUGCGGCUGGGGCGUCCCCUGCCACACCUCAACUCAUACCCCAGCAUCAGAUGCUCAUGCCCUUUAUCGUGAAUGGGCUCCAAACACAAAGCCAGAGUCUAAACCCAGAGCUUUUGACACAGUCUGUACCCCUUCUAGGUCUCAAUGCUGCCCAGCAAGCUAUCCUGGCCCAAAGACUCAGUAGCUUACAGAACCAGUGGCCAACUGUCAGCCUCCAAGCAACCACACAAACCUGUUCAGAAGACAACCAAACAAACAAGAGCAAAUUGAAGGAAGAGACGAACGAGACAACAAUUGAGGAGAAAGUGUCACUGAAGGCUGGGAAGGGGAAACAUUGGCCUCUGGAAUGUGAUGAUGGAGAAAGAGAGAUUUGUGAGGAGGAGGAUAGUAAGGGAUAUGCGCAAGAGCUCAUCAGCGCCUUAGUAAGCAAAAAUAACAGGGUUGAGUCGUGUAGGAUAGAUGGAGAUAAUGAAAUGAAUGAUGGCACAACAGACGAAGGGAACUCUGCAGAUGGAAAAGGGGGGGACAUUGACAAGUGUAUUGACCGCUCACCAUCUGUUACCAGCAACUCAAGCAUGAGUCCUACCACAUUAAAUCUUAUGCUUAGCCCUGAUUGUACUCCUCAAAAAUCUCAAGUUGGCACAAGCCCUUGUGCCUCUGUCUUGUCACCAAAAUUGAGCCCCUUUAAACGCGCCUUAAAUUCCCCUGAUCCAACUCGUCCCCAUGCUAAUUGGAGGGCUCGGCACUUCUCCCAAGGCCCCCCGAUACUGUCAGAGUUCCAGAUACAGGUUCUGCAUGCGUUUCUGGAGUCUCGUAGUGGGACUGACGCAGCCAGUCCUCCCCAUGAUGACUGUGAGUCGUUGGGCAGGGAGGUGGGGCUCACCGAGGCGGAGGUACACAAGUGGCUCACUGACGCCCAAAGCGCCAAAGAAAGGCAGAAAGGUGGGGGUGCAGGGUACAUGCGCAGCAUUGCAGCCUACAAUAAAAGAUACAAGCGUCUUGAUAACGAAGAGGAUGGAGGUGCUCUUACAAUAGAUGGGCCUGAGGGUGGGGACAGCGGUGGGGCCUCUGGCAGUCACGCAAUGGAUUUGUCCAAUAGUGGACGAAGGCGGAAUGAGUUGGGGAGGGAGAGCCAAGGGGACUCUUGUCUGGCCUCUGACUCAGGCAAUGAAGAAUUCUACACCUCUGUCAUCGUGAGUGAGGAGGACAGCCUGAGUGGCUCCAUGAGGGAGGGGCCAGGCAGCCCUGCUAAAGAGGAGGCUCUGAUAGAACUGGCAGAAGACAAGGGCUCAGGAGGAGGAAAGGUACUGCGCUCCACCACUGUGUUUCUCUCGGACGCCGAGGAUGACUAUGAUGACGAGGAGGCUGCAGCUCAGAGAGCAAAGAGGAGAAAGAGGAAGAGGGAGUUGGAGCGGGAAGAGGUGGAGGUCAAGAAGGAGAGAUUAGACCCCGACGUGGAUUUGGAACUGGAGGCCCAAGCUGAUCCUCCUUCCCAACUUUCUAUCGCCAUUGACCAACGAGGCCUUCCAAGUGGCAUUCUACACUCCCUCCCUCUGUCUUUGUCCCUUGCUCCAUUCUCUACUCAGUUCCUUAGCCCCUAUGUUCUCUCUCUCCCUCCCUCAGUGGUUGGCCUCGGAGUUGCAGAAGGAGAUGGAGGCAAAUUACCUGCCUUUCCAAACCCCCCUAACAUCACCCGGUUCUCUGACCCUCUCAUUACAUCACACCUCUCCCUCCAUACCCACACCUCCCACUACAUGUCUAAUGGUGGAGACUGUGAGGCUGCUUUAGAUCUCAGCAUCAGGAAAAGACACAGCUCAACAUCUGCUUCCUCCACGUCUCUCAUGGGUGACAAGACUUCAGCACAAAAGGGCCGUCUGCUUGACGGGCUCGGUCUAAGGCCCACAGCUUUUGGGUUACCUGAGGAAGGGAGACUCGGUGUGGUCAAGGUCAAACCUGAGCAAGCAACUUCCAACAGCAGUGGCUUUGCCAGUGGCAAUAACAUGGCCAAGGCCAGCACUGUUUACAUGAGGGCAGCAGAGAGGUUGAACACCUCCAUAAUUGAGAGAGAAAAGGAGAGAGAGAGGGAAAGGGAAAAAGAGGAGAGGGACCAGAAAGGCAGGCCCAAAGCACGACGGUACAGGGACAUGAGACGUUCCAGGACCAUCAUCCAGGCUGAGCAGCUCGAUGUGCUUUAUGGUUGCUAUUUCAAAGAUCCAAAUCCUGGGAAACAUGAGUUUGAGCAGAUAUCAGAGUGGGUCCAUCUCCCAAAGAAAGUUGUACAGAUCUGGUUCCAGAACAUGCGGGCUAGAGAGCGCAAGGGUGAGGUUCGCUUCGUCAGUGAUGGCACUCUGGCAGCAGUUGGCAAACCACUCAUCAAGUUCACCUGGCCACUGUCACAACCCAUCUUCUCCAGCACCCCCAAAUCAAACACCAACAGCAGUGUGUCUACUGGAGCCAAUCCAGUACAGGCCCUCCCAAAAAUGGAGGUGAAGAAGGAGGAAAUUGUCAAAAUCAAAAACCAAGUUCCAAACAGGCCCAAGGAGGUGGCCUCUUCCGUUUCCUCCAUGAGCAGCAGUGUGUCUGCAGUGCCAAAGACCAAAAUGGAGAUGACAAACAAUGUCACAAUGGUCAAAAUCGCCCCCAAAUGCAUCGCUCAGUCUCUCCCUGUCGUACCCAAGGAGACCCGUCCUACCCCGCCUCGCCCUCCUCCCAAACAUGCACCUGAAGAGGAAGUUGGGGAAAAUGACUCCGAUGAGGAAGUGGAUGAUCAUAACCAAGAGAAGCCACUAGCUGGGCCUGGCUCCACCAACCGCAUGGUACCAAAAAUGCCCUCCACUCCAAUUAGCAAGUCCCUUGCUGCAACAUCUCAAAAAAAAAAUGGGCUCAACUACUGGUCGGCCAAGGGCCCCUUUAAGAUCAACACGCUUUCUAGGGAACAGUUGGGUCUGUCAACCCCCCGUACUCCCACAGUUGUCGGCGCCACUGCUGCCACCGCUGCGCUCAGUAUUUCUGCUGCUGCCUCUGCUGCUGCUUCUACCGCUGCAACCACCACCACCACGACAGCAAGCGCAAGCCCUCAGACCACUGUCAGCAUUGUCACCAUCGCCAAGACUGCUCCAUCGGAGAGUAGCUUCCUGCACCACUCCACCACCCGCAGGCCGCGCACACACCUGUCCUGCCUGCAGCUGUCCAUCCUGCAGUCUUGCUAUGAGACGUGUGCCCACCCUAACGCGCUGGAGUGUGAGGCAAUAGGGACGGAGCUGGGGCUGCCGCUCAAGGUGGUGCAGAUCUGGUUCCAGAAUACCCGCGCCAAGGAGAAACGCUGGAGGCUGCAGCAGGAGAAACUGUCUCCAAUGUCGUCAGAUCCCUCCAAGAAGGUUGACAUGAGCUCAGGCAGCUAUCUGCAGUACAACGCUCUGCGAGCCCACCGUCCUAUCCUUCCCAAACCGGUUCAGCUGACUGUCCUGGAGCCCUCUUCUCCCCCAGCCAGGGGCCAGCCUGCAGGUCGAGAGACGCUGAGAGGCAGGUGCGAGGCCUGCAAUGCAGGCUUUGAGUCCAGAGCAGCAGCAAGAUCCCAUGUCUUCUCCCCUCGACAUCUAGCCACUCUGAGAACCACUAACUUUGGCCAGCCGGCGACCAUAAUCAACAACGGAUCUGAUACCGGGUCCAGUUCUGUCUCCGCCUUAGGGUCUGUUGUGGAGGACCCUCCAGCUUCCCCAACCCCACCCCCAGCCAGCAGCAUCAGCUAAGGCACCCGUCAGUGCUGGUAAAGACUCAGGACCCAUUGGGCUCCUUACAUUUUAAUAAACAGAAAUUGGGCACUGGUCUUCCAAGCUAAUAUUCUUUGGUUUCCGAUGUUUGGAAAGGCCCUGUCGCCCUUGCUCCCUCUCAUUGGACGUCUUUCUGCCGAGUUCUUGUUUCCAAACUGGACUCAUUUGGAUACACUGCUUCACGCUUCAUCAAAAGUUAUCAAAUGACUGAUGAACAUGUACCAGUCCCCUUUUGAUAUUUUCCUGGCCUGCAGUUAUAAUCCUUGUUGUCUCAUCCUUGUCCUUAAAAUUACUCUUACAAUACUUGUGUAUUAUCCCCUGAAGACUGUGCUUAUGCAAAACGAUUAGGCCAUUAUAUGACUGAUUGCAAGAUUCUUAUCCUCAUAAGUGCUCCUAGAAAUUGGUGUUUUUAAAAGUGGACCAGGCACUUGUGUUUGAGACGGGGUCCGAUAUUACAUUUCCUGUAGUAUACUUCUUCCCAAGUCAUUUGACCAGAACAAAUGAGAAGUAGCUCUGUUUUAGUGGCUUUGAACUCAAGCAGUCUUGAUUUGAUCUGUAUCAACACCUUUUUGUUACGAUACAGGUGGAGUGUUCAAUUAGAGGAGAAGGUGUAUUUCACUUUACUUGGAUUUUAAAGGUACUUUUAACUGGUUGUGACUAGAAUUGGCUUGUUAAACUGAACAGAUUAUUAUCCCCUCCUGUAAACACAUUGGCUGCGGCUGAAAUGGCAUCCUAUUCCCUAUAUAGUGCACUACUUUUGACUAGAACCCUAUGGGACUAGAGACCAACUCACUCUGUUCUCAUGACAAUCCUCUAUAGAUGGGC